AUGAUGGACAUACAGACUGAGCAUGCCUACCAAAAGCAGUUGACUGUCUUUCAGAAUAAGAAGAGGGUUCUGCUUGGAGAAACUGGCAAGGAGAAGUUCCCAAAAUACUACAAACACAUCGGUCUGGGCUUCAGGGCACACAAGGAGGCCACUGAGAGCACCUAUUUUGAGAAGAAGUGCCCCUAUACUGGUCAUGUGUCCAUCAGAGGGUGGAUUCUGUCUGAUGUGGUGACCAAGAUGAAGAUGCAGACGACCACUGUCACCCAUCGAGACCAUAUAUCCCCUAUAUCUGAAAGUACAACUGAUUCGAGAAAAGCCGCCAGAACAUGUGAGCCCCUGUCCCCCGACUUCUGGGAUGUCCGGAUCAGUGACACUGUCACAGUGGGUGAGUGCCAGCCCUUGAGCGACACUGUGUGCUUCUACACGCUCAAGGUCACCAAGGCCACUGACACCGGGAAGCAAUUCCAGAAGUUGUGA